AUGUGGAAACGAUUACAGGGUCACGUCCGCGAGAAAGAGAGACCUUCGCCGGUAGGACACCCUGUGCUUGUUGAAACCACGUAUGACGAGGAUCAACUCAGGCGGAAUCGACAUGUGACGGACGCGCAAAAUGGCAGUAACAACGACUAUGCGUUCCCCCCGCUGCCGUCAUAUCAACUGUCUCCUCAGUACACACUAAACUAUCUGUCCGCCGAAGCGCAGUCUGCGUCGAUUUACUCCCAACCCUCGCCUAAUCCGUACUCAUACGACAGCCCAACCGCCCCUUCUUAUUCCACCUACGACGACAUUUCACCCCCUAGCUCUCCAGAACCCGACCGAGAGUAUUCCUCUUCUUCAAACGCACCCCGGCGGUUCCGCUCGAUGCGCGACGUGUCGCCAAUGGACGAAAACCGCAAGCAACUCGAAAGAGAAGGUCACGUAGUUAGCCACAUUCCCGUUUUGCGCCGAGCGCCAUCAGUCCUUCGAAAUGGAGAAUCAGCAGUGCCAAAGCAAAAGUUUUGGGAUGUAAAGCUUGCACCGAACAGCAAGGUGAAAUGGGACGAGUAUUCAGGCGAGCCUAACAUGGCAGGUAAAGCUGCAUCAGUCGAUCCAGGCUCUUACGCAAAGGGCGCGCCAACUCAGCCGAUGGGUUAUCAAGUUUCAGUAACGGCAGGCGUGCCAGAAAAGGGAAACACUGGUUUUGGAGCCCGCGUAGGCCGCUUCGGGUCCAAACGUAUACCACCGCCCGUCGAGCCGUUUGCACGCGCAACAGGACGAUCUGAAAUCGCGCCUCCCCUAAAAUACCAACCCGCGAGCAAACCAGUACAAACGUCACGCAAACCAGUUCCACUAGGCCAAGACCGCGACAACUUAAACGCGCUUGUACCUACGAUUGAAUAUCCCAUCAAACUUGGUGACACUCGACUCGUCACGUCCGAAACGCGGGACGUGGAGGCGCAUAACGAGCAACCCAUCAAACCCACGGUUCCGCUUAAAGUCGGAAGGAACUCGCCUUCACGAAAUGAUCUCGGCUCGCCCACAUCUCCUACACAUCAAGGCCUUGGAAUCUCUGCGCUUGCAUACUCAAACCCGGUUAUCGAGACAAACACGGCGCCACAGGACCACCAACCCUUGCACCCUGCCUACCGGACCGCAACACCGCCCUACACAACCGCAGCAUCCAAGUUGCGCGACGAAAACAAGUACAACAACGACCCUGAAAGCCGAUUCUCGUGGACCACCUACGACAGCAACCAAACAUACCAGCAAUCGCCAUACCAACACACGCACUCGCCCCCACCCUCACCCCCCGAACCACCCAAACAAUCCCAACUAGAACCCCAACGCAUCCAAACCCCUCCUUCAACAACAAAACCCUCAUCAACCCGACCACUACCACCAACAACAAAAGACUCGAUCCUCUCCCGCCGCCGUCCCAUCCCCCAAGCAAACAUCCUGCCCCCCACCCCCCCAAAACAAACAAUGACAGCCCACCCCCUCCUCUCGUACACCAACACAAACACCGGUCUCUCAAAAGCCCUUCCACAACCCCCCACCCACCUCUCUGCCCUCGACCACAUCCAACUCCUCGAAUCUCAACAAGACGACCUGCGCAUCCGCCGGAACAAUGUGUACCGCUUACUCCGCGAUCUGAACAAUGCCGCGCCCCCGAACCCGCUGCUGACGGAUUUCAAAAAGGCGAGGGUGGCUGAGCAGAGGAAGAAGGCGUUUGAGGCCGAGCUUGAUCAGAUUAGGCAGGAGGAACAUGAUGUUGGGCUCAAGUUGCAUCGGGCGUGGAAGAAGCGGGAGAGGGAGGAUCCGCAUUCGGCGGGGAGUGCGCUGUGGGUGAGGAGGGUGACUGCUUGA